AUGAAGACCGCUAUUCUGCUCUUCGUGCUCUUCCUGGCGGGCCAUGUUUUAGCUAGGCCAUUCGGCCCAGUAAGCAACUAUGCUCGAGACAGCGCCACUAGCUUGGCUGGUACCGAGAUCCUGAAGCUUCCAUUAGUUAUCAAAUUGAUUGAAACAUUUCUGGCGAUAAUUUCGGUUACGCUGGCUGUUGUGGUCUACGGUCUCUUGAUACGGCGAGCAUCAUUGAUGUCGACGGCAUCAAUGUAUCCUUGCCGCCCUAUUGAAACUAACAUCGGUGAGCUUCUGCGUCGAGGAUGGCCCAGUAGCAGUCAAGAUAAGCCAAUUCAACCCGAUAUAUCACCUAAGGUUCAAUUAUUCUACCUGGGGAAAAUGCUCAGCGACAACAACCACGGGCGGGUUGCGAAGGGCAUUCAACAAUGCGCCGCUACGCCAGAAGGUCCGGCAGAGCGUCACGCUAUGUGGCUGACUAGUGGCUCUCCCAUAACUAGAAGUGUCGUUCAACUGCUAGUAUGGGAAUGGGCCUCCCUCUGGCUGAUGUUCCUGAUGCUCGCUGGGACGCUGAUGUACAAUGGAUUUUUCACGAACGAAAAGACCAUCGAUAGCUAUCCACGGCUGGCUGUUACUCUUAUCUACGCGGUCUCCUACCUGGUCCACUUCCUUUAUGUUUGGUAUAUCUGCUUAAGCUUUCUCUCCAAAGCAGCUGCCGGUGCCUCUUGGAGUCUCCUGGAGAGAGCAAACUUUGCUGUCAUUGACAGUCAAAAACUUGAUCAGUCAUCAGAUGCAACUAUAGAGCUCAAGGGUAUCGACAAAUCCAGCGCUGAAUACGUGCCGACCAACAUUCGCGCGGUUCUCCACCAUAGAAAGGACGAGAUAGUGCGUGAUGAUAAUUCCAUCGCUAAACUACGCUCAAAAGAGGGCGGGAAUAAAGAAGAGCAGGGGGAAGAGGACUUGAAAGAAGUCUCUAUGGCACUCAGAACAAUUUCUGCAGCUCAAGAGAAUGAAAGAACCACGACUAGAGAGUCUGCAAAUAACGCCCACGACCGAAUCGUUUCCAACAGUUUGCUCGUUAUGGGCAUUACGGUGGCCUCGGCCUUUUCCUCUUGGACAUCUUUUCAAACAACAGAAAAUACGCCAAACAAUUUCAACACGAGUGCAAUUGGGUCCAUGGCACUCCUGACCUCUCUCUCGCUAGGCGUGGCGGCUUUGCUCAGCUCCGCCUUACACCUCAGCAUUAUGGACUCUUCAUUCUGGACGAUCUUAUCAUUGAAAGAGAUAAAGAUCAAUGGACAGGCAGUUGAUCACUACAAGAAGAGGAGGCGAAAGCAAGAAGAUCAAGCUAAUUUACUGUCUUUCACGGAAGGAACCAUACCGGUAUCCCGUAUUAGCUUCUUGGACAUCGUUGCGACGAGCUAUGGUGCCAGGAAUCUUCUCAAACUUUUGCUUUUCGGGCCUGCAUACAGUCUGUUGCCCAAGAAAGAAGACCAUGGACGAACCUCUGCGGAAACUGGGUUUGAUUUCCGGGUCCGCGUCCGCAAUAUGACUGUUCUGUUAACAACUCGAGCAACAAAUGCGCAUAUGAGGACGAAAUACGGUGACAAUAUGGAAGCCAUUAAUGUGUGCUAUAUUGACCCGGAUAAGAAGCGUCUGAUUGACGGUGGAUGCUUUGCAACUAAUCUCGACCUGUAA